AUGGAUAACCACAAGAAGGACAAGUUUAGCCACUGUCCGGAAUCACACCCAAUACCGCCCCGGACCCCAACGUUGUCCCCGUCUCGAGACGAGCCGAACGGAUUGCCUCUACCUGACCAUAUAGAUGAGAUGCUUGAGAACGCCCAGCAGUCACCGAUCGAGUCGGAGAUCAUGGGAGAAAGACUGCACCGAGCGGAGCAAAUCGAAAUAGAACAACAGGAAGGGCAGCCCAAAUUAGAACCCCAAAGCUGGUGCCCACCUAGUUCUGCAGGGGAAUCAAGGGAAUUGCCUACUGCAGCCGCGGCCAUAGACCAUAUGAUCGAACAUCCCAGAAAUUCCCGGUGCGAAGCUGAAGAAAUCCGAAAAUUAUUGCAAGGACGUGGCGAGAUUACACGACUAGCACAACAGGCGAAGCGGAUUGUAUCCAACACCCGAAACCGGUGGCUGGCUAUCGGCCAGCACAUCCACAGAGACCCAAAACACCAGGAUACGUUAUCAGAAGGCCUCAACCGCCUCGAAGCAGUCAGACAGGGAAUUGAAGAUUGCACACGGCGUAUUGAGGCACGGCUGCGCCAGUACCAUACGCAAGAACGCCAGCAACGGCUCCGCCGCCGCCUCCAGCGCCGACAGCAAAGGCGCCAGGUGCAACAAAUCACGUCCUAUCUGCAGCAAUCCGGAUUUGAUCUUGGACUUGAACUUAGCUAUGACGGACCGAGUCAAUCAGCUUCAAACUCAGUCUUAGAAUUUCACCCCGAAUUUCAAAACAAAAUCGCCCACCUCGCGCGCAAGCUCCACCCGCUUGUCUCGUACUCAACGGGCCUCAUACACCCAUACUUUCCCAAAUCAGUUCUCGCUUUCAACCUUUUGACAUCAGCGCAGCUCGAUGCACUAGCACUUCACUUUCACCAAGUGUAUCCGCCGAGGCGCGAGACCUUCCUGUAUCCACUUCCUAUCAAGCCGUGGCUUGCAACCAAUGGCUUCCUGCGGGAUCUGGGCGUAGAUACAGAAGUUAAAAGGAGACGGUUUGGAAGAUUCAUCGGGCUAAAGGGCUGUGAGAGUCCGGUCAAGACGCGGAGCGAUGAGGGGAGUGUGGUUGAGCAGGUUGAGAGGGAUUGGGAAAGGAGGUAUAGGAAUGCAUUGGCAGUGCAGAUGAGGAACGUGGAGGAGAGUUAUAUGUUCAUGGAUGGGUUGGAUAAUGUUUGA